ACAAUUCGAAUUCAAAUGCAGAAAAUUCGUUAAAAUGUUUGCAAAUUUUUUAACAAAAACAUGUGUGUAAUUUGAGAAAUAAUUUGUGCAACUGUCCAUUUUUGUGUAAUUGAGGAAAUAAAAUAGUCGGAAAACAAUUGUUUGAUAAGUAGUUAAAAUGGUGAGAUACGCUGAACUGAAGGGCUUGUAUGAGGUUGAAAAGACUAUAGGCUGUGGAGGAUUUGCAAAAGUUAAGUUAGCAACUCAUGUAGCAACAGGGGAAAAAGUUGCAAUUAAAAUAAUGAAUAAGACUGGACUUGGUGAUGACUUACCAAGAGUCAAAUUAGAACUAAAAGCUCUGAAGUCGUUCUCACACCAACAUAUUUGUAAACUGUAUCAAGUAAUUGAAUCGGAAACGCACUUUUUCAUUGUCAUUGAAUACUGCUCAGGGGGUGAACUUUUUGACCACAUUGUUGAAAAAAGCCGGUUAAGUGAAUCUGAAAGUCGCACUUUUUUCAGGCAAAUUGUAUCAGGGGUGGCGUAUUUGCACAAUCUGGGGUAUGCACACAGAGACCUAAAACCAGAGAACGUCCUUCUAGACAAAGAUCAGAAUUUAAAACUUAUUGAUUUUGGUUUAUGUGCUCGCCCUGAAGGGGGCAUGGGAAGCCCUCUAUACACAUCAUGUGGCUCUCCAACUUACGCAGCCCCUGAGUUAGUCCUAGGAAAGAAAUAUUUGGGGCCUGAAGUGGACGUCUGGGCUAUGGGGGUCCUACUCUAUGCUCUUCUAGUCGGGGCUUUGCCGUUUGAUGACAUAAACAUUGAUAGCUUGUAUAAAAAAAUUCUGAGUGGCAAAUACGCGGAGCCCCCUUUCCUGUCUCCCGAAAGCAAACGCCUCAUUAGUUGCAUGCUCCAAGUGGACCCCAAAAAACGCAUCACCGUUCAAGAACUCCUCUCACACCGUUGGCUUACGUUGGGUAUUCUCGAUCCAGUCGAUUACAAUUCAAUAGAUUUGAAAAAGUACGACAAAGAUUGUGUCGAUGUUAUGGCAUCGUAUUACAACGUAAACCCCGAAAGAAUGUGGCGCCAUUUGAAAAAAUGGAAAUAUGAUUAUCACACCGCCACGUAUUUUUUGCUACUUUCGAGAAAAAAACGAGGGGCUGUUUUGAGACUGUUAUCUCUUUCGGGACAGUUACACUUGAAAAUGAGGUUAGAGGAGACACCGCGAAAAGAGAGGCCACAAUUAAAACCCUUGGUGAUAACUCAAGAACAGCGGUUGGGUAUUAAAGAGGAUCAGACACCGUACUAUGACUGUAUUGAGAAUAUCGAAAAUUGCAAACCUGCGAAAAAUGAAAACAUUGAUAGUCCGAAUGUGUUCCUUGAACCUGAGAAGCCCUCAAGUGUACGAAAACCUCAAAAGAGGGUGAGGAGCCCCACUUUGGGAGAGGAAAGUUCGCCAGUGCCCAGCAAAAAAUCAGCAACGGAGAGAUCCACGCCGAAAACUCCAGAAAGAAAGAGGUCUGCCUCAAAUUCUGAAACUCCGGGAUCGGCUAGGAGGGUUUUGGGAAGUAUAGAGCGGUCGUUGCAUAAAGUACGACAUGUGCUCACACCGAGGAAAAAUUCAGAAGAUCCUAACCAACCGGUGAUUUUGAGCACCAAGGAUUUGUGUAACGUCUCGACUACUCAAUGCAACGAUCCCGAAUACGUAAUUACCGAGCUUUCGAAAGCUUUCCAGAAGAAAGGCUUUGAAUGCGUCCGCAAAGGAUUCACUUUGAGGGGCAAAGUGGAGGCGAAUGUGUUGCAUCCCUGCAACGGAUGUUCUUUCGAAUUGGAAAUUUGCUAUUUGCCUCCUUUGGGGGUGAUUACAUCGCGGUCGCAAAGCUGCGAUACUCCACCCAGAUCGAUUUUGAAAAAUGGGCCGAUGAGUUUUGGUACUCCGACGAGUGUGGGUGCGUCUGUGACGACUCCUUCGUCCUAUAAGAAGAACAAAAAAUUGGAGGUGGGGAAGGAAAGGCAUUUUGGGUUUAUUGGGAUCAAGAGGAAGCGUCUCAAAGGCGACUCUUGGUGUUACAAGAAGGUUUGUGAAGAGGUUUUAGCGGUCACUACAAAGGAUUUGAGACAAGUGACCGAGUCGGCAGUGUGAUUUUGGUUGAGGAAUAAUUAUCAUUUUUUAUUUUAUUUAUAUUCUGCAAUGUGGAUGUACUUAAUUUCUUAUAUAAUAAAUAAAUUUAUUUAGUGGAAGU